UACGAUAGCAUUGCCUUCCGCAAAUAGCUCCGGAGUGGUUUCUGUUGACCGAGUCGCGUGUGGAAUAUCAACUGCCAGGUUAAUUAUUAAUUUAAAAAAUGGUUCGCAGCGAGUGCCAGUAUAUUGUGACGCCUGCGAGCAUCCUGUUUCAUUUUAUCCCACCAGCACGUUAAGUGCGGCGAACCGUGAUUAGUCUCGCCUGAUGACAUAACAACCCGCAUGUUAAUAUCUUUCAAUGGAUUAAAGCCUCCGUGAAGCGUGAAGAGCGGGUGCGAAAAAGGAAGCAGCUUGGAAGUGUAAUGUUCCUAAAUCUUCUAGGUAUGGUUAUGGUUACGUGCUUCAAUGGCGUUCAAUAUCAAGAUCAGAGGAGCUGUGUGAAGGAGGUCGAAUUAAUUUCGUCCUAUUAGCAGUGCAGUGACGAGAAAAGUUCUAGAGUCCGUUAAACUGCGGCCAAAUUCGGGUGGAAAGUUCGUGCAAAGGUCAACCUGCCCAGCUGCUAAGUGAUUCACAAUAAUGCAAAACCAGUGUCAGUGAGCCGAUAGUCGGUUGAAAUUAGUCUGUUAAAUGUGUUAUAAUCAAUGCUCAACACAGUGAGUACGUAUGGCGAAAUAUCAAAUAAGUGAAGUGUAAUAAAUAAUGACUGUGUAACACACCAUUGGAUCACACUGAAUGCUGAUUGGAACGUGCAUGAACGAAGCGUCCCUUGGAUUGGAAUCAAAAUUGAAGUUACAAAUGGAGCUCACCACUGCGUAGAAUAGGCCAUAGGAAACUGGGAAGGCUUUCCGCAUCCCAGCCGGCUAGUAUCUGGCCCCGUGCUGGGAUACAGUAAGGGGCACUCCUGAGAAACGAUGGCAGUCAAUUUAUCAUCCAUCCUGAUCGAAUCACUCUACAAUGGAAAUUAUUCGAUAUUGGAAAAUUACACAAGCGACGGCUUCGUGACCUCACGGUGGCCAGGAACGUUUCUGCCAGCAACCGAAAUAUCACCCGUGUCGGGACCAAACGUUGCCAUCCCUACAUCGUCCUUCAGCUGGGAAAACGCAUCCCAGUUGCAGCGGCAUCCGUCUUCGUCGUCUUACUUAUCGACUCUGGCAACGUUGGCGACGGAUAUUAUCGUGGAGACGAACUUGAUAGCGAACGUUACUCUUUCUCUGGAACAGUGCGGUCAGCUGAACGUGACGGUUGGCCCGGAUGGUACUAGCAGCAGCCAUCCGGGAAUCGUAUGUCUGCCUCACGCACCGGCCUUGUCCAAAUCAGCCAUCAUCCGAGUGAUUGUACUGUCGGCAAUGGCAUUUGUUUCAUUGCUGGGCAACAUUGCUACCAUGUGCAGUAUUCAGCGAGACCGCAAAACUCGACGACUGGCCCGGCACAACUGGAGUGCCAUUUACUCGCUCAUAUUCCAUCUCUCGAUUGCCGACCUUCUGGUGACCGGCUUUUGCAUGAUAGGGGAGGCGGCUUGGAGCUACACGGUGGAAUGGAUGGCCGGUAUGGUAGCUUGUAAGCUGUUUAAGCUACUGCAGAUGUUCAGCUUGUAUUUGUCGACGUACGUGCUGGUGCUGGUUGGAGUCGAUCGCUGGGUUGCGGUCAAAUACCCAAUGAAGUCGCUCAACACGGCUCGCCGCUGCCAUCGCUAUUUACUCGGUGCUUACUCAUUGUCGUUCCUGCUCAGCAUUCCGCAGUGGAUGAUUUUUCGGGUAGCGAAGGGUCCCUUCCUAGAGGACUUUUACCAGUGCGUGACGCAUGGCUUCUACACCGACCGCUGGCAAGAGCAGCUCUACACCACCUUCACUUUAGUGUUUAUGUUCAUCAUUCCACUGCUGAUACUAAUCGGCACCUAUUUAUCUACUUUUAGGACUAUUUCGAGCAGCGAAAAAAUCUUUAGGAUAGAAACCACAGUAAUGGAUCGGUCGUACUAUCGCCGCUCGGAUACCAACCGGCAACGACUGAUACACAAAGCCAAAAUGAAAUCCCUCCGGAUAUCGGUCGUGAUCGUGGUGGUCUUCAUCGUCUGUUGGACGCCUUACUACAUCAUGAUGCUAAUAUUUAUGUUCCUCAACCCCACCGAACGGCUCGGUGAGGACCUGCAAACGGGCAUAUUCUUUUUCGGGAUGUCCAACAGCCUGAUAAAUCCGCUCAUCUAUGGCGCUUUUCAUCUUAUUCCAAUUCGACGGAGACACAAUCAGUACAAUCAACAUGUAAGGGAAGGUUCGGCCUAUUUUCAACGAUCGUCUACCUGCAACAACCAGAAUGGCAACCAGAACCUGCAGCUGCAGCAUCAGCAGCACCAGCAAAAGCAGCAGCGAUUGGCAAGGAGUACCAAUCUUACCGUGAAUAACAAACUGUCCAAUUCACAUUCGAACCUGGCGGAGGAAAUCUCUCUCAUGUCGCUCGAAAAGGAUCUCAAAAGUUUAGACGAAAAUGUCAACCAAAUUCACUUGAAGAGCAACGCGACCGGCAAGCGCAGCUUGGCCCAGAAGUUCUACUCGCUGACUUUGCUGAUACAGCGGACCAGACCCACGAAGCUGUAGAAAUGAGUCAUCGUGGUAUUAUUCGAAGCGGUAGAAAGGUUCGCUUCAACUGACUUAGUUAAACAAGUAUGUCGUUAUUUUGCCAUGCUUCUCAACUCAUAGGCGAUUCGCUACUGACGCUUCCAUUGACAAGAUAUAGAGUUUAUCUUAAAUAUCAUCUGAAAUUCAGAUAUGUUGACUCGUUUUUCAUACUAUUCCAUUCAAAAUGAUUCUUAAGAAUCGUUCCAAACAAGAGAUAAUAACAGUAAAAAUAUUUUAUUUUUUACCAAAGUGUUGAAAUUCUAAUGCGAUGAAGUUAUCAAUUAAAAAAAGCUUUACGAAAGAAGUAGUAAAGCAGUGUUUGACUGUACAAAAUAUGGAUGUAUUUAUAUGGGUCUAUGAGUGAUCAUACCAGAAGCGUGCAGCGAUGAAAAAAUCGUGAGAAACGAGAAAUUAUUUACCACUUAGGCAGCUCUGCAAUUAGCGUUUCGAUCAGAAAUAUAAGUAAACAGUUACUGAUAAUAAGUAUAGAUAGAGGAGAGGCGUGAGAAUGGCAGCACUGCAUGCGUGUGUUCAGUAAGGCGAAAUCCACUUGUUAAAACAAAGAAAAUAUCGAAUGAGACGGUUGUUUCAACGUGUUUAGUAUUUUAUAGUGAUAUAAUGUGCGCGAUGCCAGUUGCAAUACAACGUAAUAAAUAUUGAAAUUAAAUGAAUGGUUUAAAGUUAAAAAGUCUAAUAUUUUGCUACAA